AUGAGCGGUCAAUCGACGAUGGCCGUGCUCGGCUGCGGUACCAUGGGUACUGCCAUUCUCUCCGGCGUGCUUGACUGUCGCGCUAGCCAGAAGGACGGCGACGUAGAGGUCAAGAAGCCCACGAACGAUGAGCUGACCGAGGAGGACAUUGUGCCUCUCCCGGAGAAGUACAUCGCGACGGUCAACCGCAUCGAGUCGCAGCGCCGCCUCAAGAAGACGUUCGAAGAGGCGAACUACGACGUCGAGGUUCUGCAGGGAUCGAACGUCGAGGCCGUGCAGCGUGCCGACAUCGUCCUUCUCGGCUGCAAGCCCCAGAUGCUCCCCGUGAUCCUCAAGGAGGAGGGCAUGCAGGAGGCGCUCAAGGACAAACUCCUCAUCAGUAUCGCGGCCGGCGUUACCAUUGCGCAGAUCGAAAAGAUGGCGCCGACCGCGCGCGUCGUCCGUGCGAUGCCCAACACCCCGAGCAAGAUCCGCGAGGGUAUGACGGUGGUUUCGCGCCUGCCCAAGAACUCGCCGCCGAGCGACCGUGCGCUGCUGAACACCAUCUUUUCGGCGGUGGGCCGCUGCAGCUUCAUGGACGAGAAGCACUUUGACGCGUGCACCGCGCUCGCCGGCUCGGGCCCUGCCUUUACGACGCUCUUCCUCGAGGCGAUGACCGACGGCGGUGUGAUGAUGGGCCUGCCCCGCGCCGAGGCGCUCGAGCUCGCUGCGCAGACGAUCCAGGGCGCCGCGCGCAUGGUGCUGCAGACGGGCCGUCACCCGGCCGCGAUCAAGGACUCGGUCACGACGCCGGGUGGAUGCACGAUCGCCGGCCUGCUCCAGAUGGAGGACGGCCGCUUGCGCUCGACGGUCGCGCGCUCGAUCCAGACGGCUGCGGAGCACGCUGCAGGUCUCGGCAAAGACAAAUAG